CGGGCAGGAAGGUGGGGGGGGCAGGAUUGUCCCAGUAAAUAGAGCCGGGUGAAGCAUGAAGCUGUACUGCUUGUCAGGACACCCAACCUUACCAUGCAAUGUACUCAAGUUCAAAUCCACUACCAUCAUGUUGGAUUGCGGACUGGAUAUGACGUCUACUCUCAAUUUCCUCCCAUUGCCGCUGGUUCAGAGCCCCAGGCUGUCCAAACUUCCUGGUUGGGUUUUGAAAGAUGGAAGCACAUUUCUGGACAAGGAACUAAAGGAAUGCUCUGGCCACGUGUUUGUAGACUCUGUGCCUGAGUUCUGUUUACCAGAGACUGAGCUGCUUGACCUCUCCACGGUAGAUGUAAUCUUGAUCUCAAACUAUCACUGCAUGAUGGCAUUGCCCUAUAUCACAGAGUACACAGGAUUCACUGGAACAGUGUAUGCCACUGAGCCCACUGUUCAAAUUGGCAGACUUCUCAUGGAAGAACUGGUGAAUUCUAUUGAACGUGUGCCAAAGGCUCAGUCUGCCUCCAUGUGGAAGAACAAGGAGGUACAGAGAUUGCUGCCCGCCCCUCUGAAGGACGCGGUGGAGGUGUCUAUGUGGAGGAAGUGCUAUACCAUGCCAGAAGUGAACGCUGCACUCAGUAAGAUCCAGCUGGUCGGGUAUUCUCAGAAAAUUGAGCUGUUUGGUGCUGUGCAGGUCACCCCUCUCAGCUCGGGCUAUGCUCUUGGAAGUUCCAAUUGGAUUAUCCAGUCACACUAUGAAAAGGUUUCCUAUGUUUCAGGAUCUUCCCUACUUACAACACACCCUCAGCCCAUGGACCAGGCUUCUCUUAAAAAUAGUGAUGUUCUCAUCCUGACGGGUCUUACACAAAUCCCUACUGCUAACCCAGACGGCAUGGUAGGAGAGUUCUGCAGCAACUUGGCUAUGACUGUCCGGAAUGGAGGAAAUGUGCUGGUUCCCUGUUACCCCUCUGGAGUAAUAUACGAUCUGCUGGAGUGCCUGUAUCAGUAUAUUGACUCUGCCGGACUCUCCAAUGUCCCUUUUUAUUUCAUCUCACCUGUUGCCAACAGCUCCCUUGAGUUCUCCCAGAUCUUUGCUGAAUGGUUGUGUCAUAACAAACAAACAAAGGUAUAUCUUCCAGAACCUCCUUUUCCCCAUGCUGAGCUCAUUCAGACAAACAAAUUGAAACAUUAUCCCAGCAUCCAUGGAGACUUCAGCAAUGACUUCAAGCAGCCAUGUGUUGUGUUCACUGGACAUCCCUCUCUUAGAUUUGGGGAUGUGGUUCAUUUUAUGGAGUUAUGGGGAAAAUCUAGUUUGAACACUGUUAUAUUCACAGAACCCGAUUUCUCUUAUCUGGAUGCCCUGGCUCCUUAUCAACCUUUGGCAAUGAAAUGUGUUUACUGUCCCAUUGACACGAGACUGAAUUUUAUUCAGGUGUCUAAAUUACUCAAAGAAGUCCAGCCUCUCCAUGUAGUUUGCCCGGAGCAGUACACUCAGCCACCACCCACCCAGUCUCAUCGUACAGAUCUGAUGAUAGACUGCCAGCCUCCACCAAUGUCCUACCGCAGAGCAGAGGUGCUGACUCUUCCAUACAAGCGGCGCUAUGAGAAGAUCGAAAUCAUGCCAGAACUUGCAGAUUCGCUUGUGCCCUUGGAGAUUAAGCCUGGUAUUUCCUUAGCAACAGUUUCUGCCAUGUUGCAUACUAAAGACAACAAGCAUGUGCUGCAGCUCCCUCCAAAACCUCCGCAACCUCCCGCCAGCAAGAAGAGAAAGCGAGUGAGUGAUGACGUGCCGGAGUGUAAACCUUUGAAGCCAUUGCUAAGCGGCUCCAUUCCUGUGGACCAGUUUGUGCAGACACUCGAGAAGCAUGGUUUCAGUGACGUGAAGGUGGAGGAUACAGCUAAGGGCCACAUCGUACUCCUCCAGGAGGCAGAAACCCUCAUUCAGAUUGAGGAGGACUCCACACACAUCAUCUGCGACAACGAUGAACCUUUGAGGGUGAAACUGCGUGACCUGGUUCUCAAAUUCCUGCAGAAAUUCUAGCUCAUGGACAUCAUGCUGCUCUGCAAGGAAAGACCCCAGAGCACCAGAGCUAAGAGCUUUCCAGAGGGUGACCUCAGGGAGAGAAAGAGAACUUCUUGAUUCAGAGAGACCAGAAACCACCUUCCCCUUCAUGGAGAAGCAAGGAAGUAUUUUUAAUAUCUAUCUAUUUUUAAAAUUUUAUUUUUAACUGGUAUUGGAAUACUUUGGAGGGGAUUCCUGUUCUGUAAAAUUGGGAGUUGUAAUCUUAUAGGAGAUAGGAACUGCAGAGUAAAUAAGUAGACUGUAUAUUUACAAGGUCAGGGUGAAAUGCAGACAUUUCUCUGUGUGACCCUCUCAGCAAUGUAUGCCCCAGUCCUUUACCUGAGAAAACUCUGUAGGAAUAUUGAAACAAUGGCCUUAGAUAUUAAGAGAUUUAUUUUUCUCCCCACUGCUUCUUCCUGGUCACCAGAUCCAAUUUCCUGUCUGUCCUCCAUCUACAUUUGUAGACAUGUAUUUCACUGGCACGAAGGGGAAUGAGAAAGCUGGUAAGGCAAAGAUGACAAAAAUAGAAGUAGAAAAAGGGGGCUAUGCUGGACAUGUAGAAUAGCUUCGAAGCGGCAAGAGCCUGGCCAUUCCCUGGAAAAGCAGAGGGAUUUUGGAAAAGCUGUAUGCUUUAGCAAUGCAAAGUGUUUAUUGAUGCUUGCACCCUCACCCAUUACGACCAGAUUUGUCCACCUAGUUCUAGGCUCUUCACUGAGACACGCAAAAGAUAUCUCAGGAAGAUAUUUCAAAAGUACAUAAAGUAGUUAAACUCCUAGUGCUUACGAAAAACCUUUUAGAUUUAAGUGCCUUUUGUUUCUACCUUCCAAAAACCUGUCCUUUCAGCCCCGACAAUCCCAAAUCCUGGUUGAAGUACUGAGUCAUUUAUACAAAGCUAUCUGUACUGCAGACCUGGGGAGGUUUUUCACUCCCAAAACCAUAUAUUUGGGGCCUAAACUUAGUUAAUAGUAUUGCUUUUAAAAGCGACCAAUUUCUCAGAUUUACUGCUGUUUGUUUUUUAUUGGAUUGUUUUGUAUUUAUUUGGUGUUAAAAAUAAAAAGCAUAGUAAGACUGCCAAGGAGGAAGCACAUUCUGUGGUUUAUAAAAGCAUCUGCAUGCCUAUUCCAUAUCCGCCUGUGUAUGUAUGUACACAUUUGUAAAAUAUAACUACUCCUUCAGUUUAUAGAUUUGGGGAGAUUAAGGCAGUGGAAGAACAGCUCUGUAAUGAAAACUAUUUGCUAUUGCAGUUUCCACAUCACAUUUCAUACACAUGAAAGAUUUCUGUUCAAUUGGAUGUACAGACUCCAGCAUCCAUGCCUUUGCUUUGUGUGUAUGUCAUGGGCGUGAGAGAAAUAGUAUCAUUAAUGUGAUAAAAAACUCGCUGCAGUAGCAUUAAUGCUCAUAAGAGUUUACAACAUUUGCAGUAGCUCAGCUUCUUUAUCAUCUUGUAAUUAAAUCUCCAGAAAGAUUAUUCUUAACACGCAGAGGCCAUGUGAUAAAUUCAGCUGAGCUGAGGAGGCAGGAGGAGAGGGAAGAGUGGGCCUUGUAAUAUAGGAGUCCUCGAGAGCGUCUUUCUGCUUGUUACCUAGACCAGCUGCAGCUUUGGUGCCAGUGCUCCAGAGCCUUCAUUUUGUGAAUCUACUCAUUUGCAUUUAUAAUUAUAAGGGACUUCACUUGUUGCUUUAAGAAGCCGGACCCGAGGCUGUGUGUUAGCGCUCGUUGCAUCUGCCUUGGCUGAGCACAGGCGGUCCAGCGGCGUGUCGGUGGGCAGACCACGAAGGCAGUAGUUUCUGCUUGGCGAAGGCUGUGCUUGAGUAACUGAGUAUUAGGAAAUCCGAGUCAGUGUGCUGCCAUGGAGGAGUCACGGGGGACCUUGCGGGAGCGAUCAGCAGGUGUAACAAUUCACCAUGAAGAGCUUGUUUUGGGGCAAAGAACAAGGAAGAAAUCAGUUUGCUGGCACAGCCAAGGUACACCACAAACCCGAAAUUCCUCUGUUUUUGCUGAUGUCUUUUGGGGAAGGGGAAGCAAAUUCAGUAAUUAGCACUUUAUGGCUGCUUAUGAACCAUGCUGCCGUCCCCUCAUUACAGCCGUGUGAUGCUGUGCUUCUGAACCACGGCUGACCCUCCCAGCUUGGCUCCACCAAGCUUUUGGGUCAGCAUGGGCUCUGGCCUGGGACUUGUCCCCUCACCAAACUACUGUUAGAGGCCACGUGGGUACAGAUGAGCGGAGCUGCGACUCCCUGGCAGUAAACGGGCUCUGAGAGCUCAGUUCCCAGGACCCAAGGAGCAAGAAGCAUUAAAGCCCAUCUACAAAGAGUCAAGAACUCGGCUGGGGUAGAGCCAAGUUGUAGCUCCUUGUAGUAAGGAUGAUUCCCUUGAGCCAGAACCCAAGAGCUGAACUAGCCGGGUGCUGAGACACACGGGGACGUUUCUGUGACAUUUGUGUGGUUAUAUGACACGGAGCCCUGCAGUAACAGGGCUGCGCAUUCACUGACGUAAAAGAUUCAAUCGAGCUCUGUGUCUCUGACUCUGCAGGUGUACGAGGGUGAGAAGACGAGAGAGAUUUGCUGUCUUUGCUGAAGUUAUGCAGUCCAACCAGCCUUGCACACCAGGGGAGAAUAACCUCCUCAUGUACUCAUCCAGCAUGGCCUUGUUAUACAGACAGACAGGUUAGAGAGGCUUUACUGAUCUCAAGGUAUUAAGGAAAUAUUUAAAUGUGAGGAGUGAGACAGCCUGUAUCGACCACAAUAGCUACUCCACAGGUGUGACUAGUGUAUAAUUGGCCCAAAUAAACCCUGCUGCUCUCGGCCCCCCAUGGAAAUCUCUCAGUGCUGCCUAACUUGACAGAACCAGGGAGAGUCAAUCUAGUCUUGCUUCUGAUGGAUGAUUUCGGACAUGUUCCUGGAGCAGUGCCUCGCUUUCCUCUUACAUGAAAUAGAAAUUGUACCAUCCUCCUUUGCAGGCUGCCUUGAGACUUAACAUCUGAAAGCUGCUGCGGUGGAAGUCGUAUUAAAAGCACAGUGGUUUGAAGAGAAAUUAAAAUAAAUAGCAUUUCUUCAGGCUGGGUCAGUCCUGGAGAGGUAACCAUGGCAGCCCAGCAGAGCUGUGAACAGAGGGGGUGGAAUACGAUGGAUGGCAAAUACAUUUUAACCAGAAAUGCACAUUUUAAUGGACAAAGAGCAAAGGUACUUGGUUUCAUUCUCUUUCUUCUAGAAAUGAAAAAGAAAUCCCCUUGGCCACCAUGCGAUGUUCAUUGUGCCAUGGCCGUCCCUAGUCCCGGUGACCAUGUGUGAUGUGGGAGUCCCACAUCCUGUGCUGUGCUUCACCGGCCUCUCUCUGCAGCUCCCCUAAUUAAACACAAAUAGUGGUGUUUGCAGCUGGGCUGCUUCUUAAGCAGCUGCUUUGCUGGGCUGCACCUUGGCCCUUGGCAAGUGAUUAAUUCUCAGUGCAAUUCCCAACCUGUGCGCUCCUCCAGCGCAGACAGGGCUGCAUCACUGGGCUGGGGAAUAAUGGAGAGAAAAGGUUAAAAUCAGCUUUCUGCACUUGGAUGGCUUUUAUGGAACAGAUAUUCCUGGAUGGAGAGAAGUAUAUUGUGUUUUCUUUCUAUUAAUGUGAGCCUUAAUAAAAACAACUGCACCAAGUCAUUUACUUCUAGGCUCAUGCUAUUCCCCCACCGUGCCCGGACACAGUCAGUGUCACUGGGGAUCCGCUGGCCCUGAUGCCACCCGACGGGUGCCCUGAGCCACACCGCGGUCACCACCUUGGGGACUUGGACACGACGACCUGAGGGGAGCUGGAGCAAGAUGUGGGGUCCGUGCCCCAUCAGCACCUCAGCCUUCAGGAGGAACGGGGAAGCUGAGUGCGGCGGGGUUUGUGUUCAGCUGCGCGACAUGGCCCAGUGUCCCUAGGACACGUUCCUCUCCUUGCCCCUGAGCACAUGGAGGGCUGAUGUUUCCAUCUCGAGUGUGGUGAGACCAGGCUGGCGUGGGUAAUUAAAGGAAAGCAAUGUCGUGGUACCUUCGCUGCCCUGGCCCAUGGGUGGAAAAGUGGUCACCUAAUUAACCUGGGAAUGAUGGACCCAAUGUGACCCUCGGCUUUGUGAUGCCGCUGGUGCCUGGCCCUGCAGGAGUAUUUUCUUGCAUUUCCAGCUGGGAAAAAACCCCAGGUGGAGAUAUUUAUCUGCUGUGUAAGGGCUGGUAAAGCCUCACGAGCAAAUCUGCUAUGGUCGAGCCAGUGCCCAAGAUGUUGCUGGGCUCAUCGAGGAGCCAGCCCCCCCCC